AUGGGAGACCUAGACCUUGGCUCCAAGUCUAUUGAUAAAUACAGAGUGUGGGAGGUCUCUCCACAUUUCUUCAUUUUAACCUGCCAUAUCCAAAAUUUACUUCUUAUUUCUCUGAAUCAAAUUUUAUACAUUGUCCACAGAAACCAAAAAAACCAGAGUGAUGGCGUCACUUUCACUCUCCUGGGCUUCUCGGAAUAUCCAGGUCUCCAGCUGCCACUCUUCCUGGUCUUCCUCACCAUCUACACGGUCACUGUGCUGGGGAACCUGGGCAUGAUCCUGGUUAUCAGGCUCAGUCCCAGACUCCGCACCCCCAUGUACUUCUUCCUCAGCCACCUGUCCUUGGUGGAUUUCUGUUACUCCACAGUCGUUACCCCCAAGCUAUUAGAGAACUUGGUUGUCGAGGACAGAGCCAUUUCCUUCCCUGGAUGCAUCAUGCAGUUCUUCUUUGCCUGCACAUUUGUGGUGACAGAAACUUUCAUGUUGGCCGUGAUGGCCUAUGACCGAUUUGUGGCAGUGUGUAGCCCUCUUCUCUACACGGUUGUCAUGUCCCAGAAGCUUUGUUCCUUGCUGGUGGGUGCAUCAUACUCUUGGAGUAUAGUGUGUUCCUUAAUAUAUACAUGCUUUUUAUUGACCUUAACCUUUUGUGGGACUAAUUUUAUAAACAACUUUGUCUGUGAGCAUGCUGCCCUUGUGGCUGUUGCCUGCUCUGACCCCUACAUCAGCCAACACAUCAUCUUAGUCUCAGCCACCUUCAAUGAAAUAAGCAGCCUGACGAUCAUUCUUACUUCCUAUGUUUUCAUUUUUAUCACUGUCAUGAAGAUGCCCUCAACGGGGGGGCGCCACAAAGCCUUCUCCACCUGUGCUUCCCACCUGACCGCCAUCACCAUCUUCCACGGGACCAUCCUUUUUCUCUACUGUGUGCCCAACUCCAAAAGUUCAUGGCUCAUGGUCAAGGUGGGCUCCGUCUUUUACACGGUGGUCAUCCCCAUGCUGAACCCACUGAUCUACAGCCUCAGAAACAAAGAUGUGAAAGAGUCAGUCAAGAAGUUAAUGGAUAUCAACUCUCAAAGCCCCUUCUGCCAUUCUCAUAAGGCUACUAUAACCCACUCAAUUUUUUUUUUCAUGAUUUCCCUCUAUGUCUCCUUUGUCCUCAGACAAUUAUAUUGGGGAUAUAUAUAA